UGUAAAGAAUUUAAGUAUAAAGGGCUUGUACAGUAUCAAAUAUUUAUAUCAGACAGGGUUGUUCCAUUUGUUACAUCUAAUAUUAUGACGAUUUGUGUGAAGUAUGAAGGAAAACCGAACAAAUAAUAUUUUUCAGAAAACGACAGUCAAUAAUUUUGUAGUUAUAAUCCUAACUUUCCCAGCUUUUGAUGCGGACUAGUGUUUCAUAAUGUAUAGACAAGUCUGUGUGUUCGUGGUGCGUGUUUCUAAGGAUCUUAAAUAUUCUUCCAAUAUGCUAAUGUACAUACAUUUUUAUGAUGAUAAAAUGUACAAAAAAUAGAUUAGGUUGUCCAUAUUGAAAUUUAAGGGAGGGGGGGUGUGUCAAUGUGAGAGUUUUCUUUACUUAAAACUUUGCCCUCUUGUUACAUUACAGUUUCCAAAUAAUAAACGAAGUGAUACUUAUGUAUGAUAUGAGACAUAGGACAGGUAGGAAUAAGUUUUUUUUUAACAAAUUGGUUUCUUUUUCUUUCUUCAAAAUUGAUUUUUUAAGUACAACAAGAAUAAUAAAACUAUCUUCUGUUUUUUUUUUUUUAGUUAUUUAACAAUCAUAAAAUUUUAAUGCAUACUUUUUAAUUUAAAAAGGCUUAAAAAUCGGUAUUAAUAAAUGACAGUAGUAUAUUUUCGUUAUAAGAAAAUGACGUUACAUGUAAAAUCAUGGUGUCUUUAAAUUGUAACAAUCCUCGGAAAGCAAUAAAAGCAUAGCGUGUCCUUUCUUUCUCUUCUGAAACGAAACCAUAGAAUCUGGGUCAUGAACUUUUCUGGGGAAUCUUCAAAAAUUCCCCGCUUGAUACCCUCUCUAAAAAAUAACAUAAUUUAAAUUGAAACAUACCCAUUACUCAUUGCUAAUCGAUUGAGAAAUGGCGAACAUUAUCGUUGUUCCCCAAUUUAAUUCAGUGGGUGUGAGUAACGUAACAGAGGAUUUAGAUUAGGAUUGGGGUUUGUUGCAUAAUUAAAUUAAUUAAGGAGAAUGACGAUAACUAAUAUACAACCGACGCCAGGAAGCUCAGGGUAUUUGGAUUUGUAUCCUGAACGCAAAAUGUCCUUUUUUAAGAAUCCUUACAUUCUGGGACUCACUACUGUCGCUGGCAUCGGGGGAAUGCUUUUUGGCUACGACACAGGUGUCAUAUCAGGAGCCCUUCUAUAUAUUAAAGAUGAUUUUGAAGCGGUUAGACAAAGUAAUUUUCUUCAGGAAACAAUAGUGAGCAUGGCAAUUGCUGGUGCAAUAAUAGGAGCAGCAACAGGUGGAUGGAUUAAUGAUGCUUAUGGAAGAAAGAAAGCCACUCUGGUCGCUGAUGUUAUCUUCAUAAUUGGAGCAAUUGGCAUGGCUGCUGCACCAGACCCUAAUGUUCUCAUUUUGGGACGUUUUCUCGUUGGUUUGGGUGUGGGUGUUGCCUCUGUUACUGCUCCUGUCUACAUUGCAGAAGCAUCCCCCUCCGAAAUAAGAGGUUCAUUAGUAAGCACCAAUGUUCUCAUGAUCACUGCUGGACAGUUUCUUUCCUACGUCGUAAACCUUGCUUUUACAAGGGUUCGUGGCACAUGGCGAUGGAUGCUGGGAGUUUCAGCCGUGCCAGCAAUAGUUCAGUUUUUUCUCAUGCUUUGCCUACCCGAAUCCCCAAGAUGGCUCUUCAUGAAGAAUAGGAAAAAUGAAGCUGUUGAUAUACUCUCCAAGAUCUAUGACUUGGGUCGCUUAGAGGACGAAGUUGAUUUUCUAACCACUCUGUCAGAGCAAGAGCGCCAAAAACGAAAGAACAUCAGAUUAAGGGAUGUCUUCAAAUCUAAAGAAAUCAGACUCGCAUUCCUUGUUGGAGCUGGACUGCAGGCUUUCCAGCAGUUUACAGGAAUAAACACAGUGAUGUACUACAGCCCCACCAUUGUCCAAAUGGCUGGGUUCCACUCGAAUGAGUUAGCUCUUCAGCUGUCCCUCAUAGUUGCUGGCAUGAAUGCUGUGGGAACAGUUCUUGGCAUUUAUCUAAUUGAUCAUGCAGGUCGCAAAAAGUUGGCACUUUCGAGCUUGGGGGGAGUAUUUGCAUCUUUGGUGAUUUUGUCAGUCUCAUUCUUAAACCAAUCAUCAUCAAGUGAAGUAUUUGGAUGGCUUGCAGUGGUGGGAUUGGUUCUAUACAUAUCAUUUUUCUCUCCAGGGAUGGGGCCUGUGCCUUGGACUGUGAACUCAGAGAUAUAUCCUGAGGAGUAUAGAGGAAUUUGUGGAGGCAUGUCAGCCACUGUGUGUUGGAUCUCAAACUUGAUUGUGUCUCAGAGCUUUCUUUCAAUUGCUGAAGCUAUAGGGACAGGUUACACUUUCUUGAUUCUUGCUGCUAUCUCUGUGCUUGCCUUUGUGUUUGUGCUGUUCUGUGUUCCAGAGACUAAGGGAUUGACCUUUCAUGAAGUGGAACUCAUAUGGAAGGAGAGAGCUUGGGGCGAGACCACUGACUCUAGAAACCUUCUUGCUCAGGGAACACAAAAUCAAUCUUAGCCAUUUCUUACUUUCAUCUACACAUUAACAUUAUCCCACAUUUUAUUGUACAUUCAUGUUUAUGAUAUUAUUAUCAUAUACUUCCAUUAUCUUAUAAAGCAUAUACCUAUACGAGAUUGAGUACAGCUUUAGAUAUUUUUAAAAAUAAACAUUCCAGGAUAAUGUACACUUUGAUAUUUUAUUCGAACUCUACUUCUUUACCACUCUAAUAAUUAGAAUAUGAAAUUAUUUCAAGAUACUUCUUCAUUGAGUUAUUUAGAGAUGGGCUUUUUGGAUAUUCGAGUUACUAUUAAAUUUUAUUCGUAUUGUUGUAUUUUGUUCACUGGAGUCUGCAAG